AUGAGCAUAGUAGAUAUCAAGAGGCCUCAGAAGCCGUUGUUUGAACCGCGCAAGAAGGCCAAGAUCCUCCUGGAGACUGGACAUGGAAAGUCCGUCAACCACUUUUCACAGAGUGCUCGCGUUCUGCAAUCGCGUCCCCAUGGCACCCCUUCAGAGCAGCCCGUGGCUCGUAACAUCCUCACAAAGUCCACUCUGGAACGCCCGUUAUCAAGGAUAUCAGGUUACAAGAUCAGCACCGAGGCCAUGACUCUGGCAGGAAAAUCUCGCUCAAAGGCAUCUUCCAGCUCCUCAGCUUCAUCGAACACAUACCCUUUGCCAAUACCAUCGGCCGGAUCAUCCUCAUCAACAGAUUCGACACCAGCAUCUACAGCAAUAGCCACAGCGACGACAAUAGCGAGAACUCUCGAUCACCCUCGACUAUCCUCCCAUAAAAGCGACAUUGGCUCAGCAUCCCCGCUGCUUCAGCCUACUCGCUCCUUGACAUUCUCGGGUCCAGUGAGUGUAUCAGGAAACAAGUCCUCAAAGCAGCCUUCUUCAGAUUCUCCUUUCUCAGGAUCACCCUUCUUGUCCAGCAGACCACUUUCCAGGAUACCAUCAUCGAAAUCAUCCUUGUCAGUAUCCAAACGACUUUACCGGACGCAGGGUUUACUCCGACAGACUACCCUCGUCACUCCAUUCAUGACCAAGCUGGAGACGAAUGCACUUUUGCCCAUCAGGAAACCUACUACGUUGUCCGAGGAUACACCGUGGAUGCAGAGGAACUCUACCAACAAGGAUGACAAAGUAAAAAACGACACCGAGCCUCUGCAUAAGGAAAGCAGUGAUGAGAACGAGGAUGACCAAGUUGAGGAUGGGACAGUUGAAGAACUGCAGAUCGGUUCUGCUCUUGAAUCUUGCACAGCCGCCAUGACAGCAUUAUCGCCACCCUCCGCCAAAAAGAUCUCGAAGGCUCCUAUUUCUUCGAGUCUUCGGAUGCUUUACCAGCCCUCUUUCGUGGAUCUUGACCCCGAAGUGAUUAGCCUUUCCCUACCUAACCCUGACUCUGGAACGAUUACGUUCACUCUCUCGGACGACGACAGCCACGACCACACCUCCGACGAGCAGCCCUUGGGCGGCAAGGAUAAAGUCAGUCGUCCUCAUGCGUCGCACAAGUCACAAUCUUCCAGCUCCAUUUCGACCAAUACUAAACGACCGAUCAUGUGGCGACGACACCAGACAAUGAUCUCGAGUCGAAGCGAGUUCAUGAAGACUUUGGAGACGAACAAUGUCAGCACAAAGAAGGCUAUGGUCAUUGUUUCCGAUAGCUACACUCCAGACCCUUUACGCGAGGAGUGCAUGAUCUUGCCGUCGGCAAACUUUAUCACCAAACCUAACGAUACCACCCGACGCGUCAGUCCCAAAACCGUGGUGGAUGUGCUGGAAGGCAAAUACAAGGACCAAUACGACCUGCUCCAUAUUAUCGACUGCCGGUUCCCGUACGAAUUUGAAGGCGGGCACAUCAAGUCGGCGGUCAACAUCAACACCACGGACGAAUUGGACAAGUUGUUGCUGCAGCCAGCGACGACCGACAAGCGGGUCCUUUUGAUCUUUCAUUGUGAAUUCUCAUCCAAGCGAGCACCCCGACUGGCGCGUCACCUUCGAAACCAGGAUAGGGCAUGGAAUGUCUCGCACUACCCUGCACUGUUCUACCCAGAGGUGUAUGUGAUGGAGGGAGGGUACUCGAGUUUCUUUGAAGAGAACAAAUCCUACUGCUGGCCAGAGGCGUAUGUCAAGAUGUAA